AUGGUUUGCUGGGUCGCGCCCUACGACUCUGAUGGCAACAUCCUCUACGACACUGACUGGACGGAGACCUGCGCCAACAUCACGGACGGCUGCCCGUGCAACGCACAAUGGGAAAGACAGUGCACCAGCCAUGGCUACACAUACUGCGAGUCGAUCUUCGGCAGCUGCCCUGUCGAUUGCGGAAACUUCGACACGUGCUACCACUACGGCUCAGGAAACGAGUCUUGUGCGACCUCUUCUGGCUGCGUCUGCGAGUCGGACGAGAUCAGCUGUAACAAUCCGGACACUGGCCUUGCUGAAUGCUACCCAUCAGAGUGGUACCCCUCGGGCUGCCCUGUCUUCUGUGCGCACGACGAGAUGUACUGCUCGGUGGUCUCCUUCGAUAGCAACGGCUACAUGCUGUGGCAGGACUAUUGCCUGAACGGAGAGGCAAACAACUGGUGGUGCCCGGUGACCUGCGACAACACCACCGCGCAGAAGUGCGGCACACCCGGUGCUUUUGACGAACACUGCGUGUCUCUGUCG